AUUGCUCGUGCGGCUAAUGUUACUGUCCUUCUCCCAACAGCUAUAGCAAUUCUGAAUGCUUCGCAAUCUAUCGAUGAUGCUGGAAUAGUUGCUUACUCCUGGCAACCUUUUGAUGAUGUCCCAGCAUCAAUGAUUCCACUUGAUGGGUCGGAGGACAGAGCAGUCAUGUUCGUGACCGGACUUGUCGAGGGCAAGCAUCUGUACAAUCUCACUGUCUCUGAUCAACAAAAAUCCAGCGACUCCUUGAUUGUCCAGCUUAUAGUAACGAAAGGUGAGGAAGACAUUGAAUCAGUAGAAAUCCUAUUGGAUAGAAACAUCAAAGACUGGACUUACCGUCUCAGACGGAAACUUCAAGACAGAAUCGAAGCGAGUCUUUCUGGAUCCAUUGAGGAAAGCGAUUCAGUUAUUGUUCACUUCACUCGAUUCGAAGAGUUACCCCAAGAUGGCAGGCUCAGAGCUGUAUUUUGGGCAAGAAGUCGUUCGAAGCGAGAGUUCCUGGGUACUGUUGUGAAGGCUCAAAGGGCUGUAGAAAUUCUUCGUCAAGAGUCGACUAUGCUUUCUGAUUUCCACAUCUCAUCGAUUCAAACAUUAUAUUGCAAACUGGAUUGUUCCGGACAUGGAAAGUGUAGUGAUGCGACAAAACAAUGCGAAUGUGAUAGUUUCUGGAUGGUUAACGUUUUUGCUUAUCUUAUCUCUGGUAUGAAGAGUGAAAACUGCGGUACUCCGCCCUUCGAAGCGAAUCAGAUGAUGUGGAGAAAGAAGCUUACCGUAUGCGAAAUGGCAAGUUUCUAA